GGCUGGGGCUGACCAGACGCGGAGCCACUUAGUGCUUCCUCCUCCCCCAACCCGGGUCUGUCCUGCCUCCGCCGUCUCCUCUUUCUCCGCCUGCAUCCCCCGGGGGGCAGAGUGUGGGAAGAACGAAUUUCCGCCGGGUUUGCGCGCUCCAGGCCGACAUGGGUCCUUUCCGGACGCGGCUUGCGCGGCCCCCAAGCUGCCCACCUCGGCUGCGCUCCGGGUCCCUCCGGGCCGCCAGCGGGCAGGCGCGGGAGACAUGGGCCUAGGGGUCGGCGCUCCGCAGCCAAGUCGCACCCCAGCCGCUCUUGGAAGGGCUCCCGCCCGCAGUGGGGGAAUCCGCUUGGCGGGGAGAAUCCGCGCCAGGGAAUCCAGCUCUCCGGACUCCAGAGCAAACAAAAAGCACCAAGACUUGCUCGCUCCUCCCGCUCCCGAUGUGCACCCGAAGAAACAGUUUUCUGCAGAAAUGCAACAAGUAGCACCCGGGGCUCGCCCAAAGCCCAGCCUCUCCUGAUCUGUCUCCGCGAACUCGGCCUGCGGAGACCCGGGCCAGCCACCCGGACAAAGGGCGGAGGAAGAGCUGGACAGAGCAGCAGAGAAGUCCGAAAAGAGGCCUCUUAGCGACUUCGGCCCGGCCGAGGGGAAUGCAGAGGAGACACAGAGCCAGCCGGCCCAGAGGACGAUCCGGCCUCAGCGCGCUGGGCGGGCGGGGAUGGCGGGUGUCGGCGCCCUGCGCUUCUGGCUCAUGGUGUGCGGCUGCCUGGCGUUCCCGCCGCGGGCCGAGUCCGUGUGCCCCGAGCGCUGCGACUGCCAGCACCCCCAGCACCUCCUGUGCACCAACAGGGGGCUCCGCGCGGUGCCCAAGACCAGCUCGCUGCCUAGUCCCCAGGACGUGCUCACCUACAGCUUAGGCGGCAACUUCAUCACCAACAUCACCGCCUUCGACUUCCACCGCCUGGGGCAGCUGAGACGGCUGGAUCUGCAGUACAACCAGAUCCGCUCCCUGCACCCCAAAACCUUCGAGAAGCUCUCGCGACUGGAGGAGCUCUACCUGGGCAACAACCUCCUGCAGGCGCUCGCUCCCGGCACGCUGGCCCCGCUGCGCAAGUUGCGCAUCCUUUACGCCAACGGGAACGAAAUCGGCCGCCUGAGCCGCGGCUCCUUCGAGGGCCUGGAGAGUCUGGUCAAGCUCCGGCUGGACGGCAACGUGUUGGGAGCGCUGCCAGACGCAGUCUUCGCUCCCCUGGGCAACCUACUCUACCUACACUUGGAGUCUAACCGGAUCCGCUUUUUGGGCAAGAACGCCUUCAGCCAGCUGGGCAAGCUUCGGUUCCUCAACCUCUCGGCCAACGAGCUGCAGCCCUCGCUGCGCCACGCGGCCACCUUCGUCCCCCUGCGCUCCCUCUCCACCCUCAUCCUCUCCGCCAACAGCCUGCAGCACCUCGGCCCCCGGGUCUUCCAGCACCUGCCACGCCUGGGCCUGCUCUCGCUCAGCGGCAACCAGCUCACGCACCUCGCGCCGGAGGCCUUCUGGGGGCUGGAGGCCCUGCGCGAGCUGCACCUGGAAGGCAACCGGCUGAACCAGCUUCCCCUGGCCCUGCUGGAGCCCCUGCACAGCCUGGAGGCGCUAGACCUGAGCGGCAAUGAGCUUUCCGCCCUGCACCCCGCCACCUUCGGCCACCAGGGCCGGCUGCGCGAGCUCAGCCUGCGCGACAACGCGCUCAGCGCCCUCUCCGGAGACAUCUUCGCGGCCAGCCCGGCUCUCUACCGGCUCGAUCUGGACGGCAACGGUUGGACCUGCGACUGCCGGCUGCGAGGUCUGAAGCGCUGGAUGGGCGCCUGGCACUCUCAGGGUCGCCUCCUUACGGUCUUCGUGCAGUGCCGCCACCCCCCGGCCCUACGGGGCAAGUACCUGGAUUACCUGGACGACCAACUGCUACAGAACGGCUCCUGCGUGGAUCCCUCAGCUCCCCCCACGGCAGGCGGGAGGCAGCGGCCGCCACCCACCACCGCGGGGAAGGGGACGACGCCCCCUGCGGGAGGGUUCUCGCGGGAGCUGCCACCCCAACCGCUGCCCCAGCAGCGGGGAAGACUUCUACCGGGAGCGGCCUGGAGUGGGGCCGCCAAAGAGCUGGUGGGCAACCGCAGCGCACUAAGGCUGAGCCGGCGGGGUCCAGGCCUGCAGCAUCAGGGCGCCCCUGGCGCCGCCGCAGGCCUUGCCCCGCAGUCCCUGGACCUGCACGAGAAGCCGGAGCGAGGAGGUCCCACCCGCGCCCAUCUGGCCCAGGCAGCUCCCACCCCGACGGCUGAGCCCGCCUCCGGGACCCCAUCUGCCAGAGACAGCUGGCAGCGCGCCGCGAAGCAGCGCCUAGCCUCGGAGCAGCAGGAGCGAGCAGGCCAGGCCGACGGCGGGGUCGGCGCGCCACCGCUCGUAUCUGACCCCUGUGACUUCAACAAAUUCAUUCUGUGCAACCUGACGGUCGAGGCGGUGAGCGCCGACAGCGCCUCGGUGCGUUGGGCGGUUCGCGAGCACCGCAGUCCCCGGCCGCAGGGCGGCGCACGCUUCCGCUUGCUUUUCGACCGCUUUGGCCAGCAGCCCAAGUUCCAGCGCUUCGUCUACCUGCCCGAGCGCAGCGACUCGGCGACGCUGCACGAGCUGCGCGGGGACACCCCCUACCUCGUGUGCGUGGAGGGAGUGCUCGGGGGUCGAGUUUGCCCGGUGGCCCCCCGGGACCACUGCGCGGGCCUGGUAACCUUGCCAGAGGCGGGAGGCCGAGGCGGCGUCGACUACCAGCUCCUGACCUUGGUCCUGCUGGCGGUCAACGCGCUGCUGGUGCUCCUGGCUCUGGCGGCCUGGGGAUCGCGGUGGCUGCGGAGGAAGCUGCGUGCCAGGCGGAAGGGAGGGGCCCCGGUUCACGUUCGCCACAUGUACUCCACCCGACGGCCCCUGCGCUCCAUGGGCACGGGAGUGUCCGCGGACUUCUCGGGUUUCCAGUCGCACCGGCCCCGCGCCACCGUGUGCGCGCUCAGCGAGGCGGACCUCAUCGAGUUCCCCUGCGACCGCUUCAUGGACAGCUCCGGCGGUGGGACCGGUGGCAGCUUGAGGCGGGACGACCACCUCUUGCAAAGAUUUGCUGACUAGGCUCAGGGCCUCGGGGGUGUGAAAACGAUCUGGGCCGCCUUGAGGAGCCACUCUCCGUGGCCUCAUGCCAUCUCAGAGGAAGGACUUGUUUUCUUUGACCUGUUUUUUCUCUCUGCCUAUUUGCUGAGACCAGUGGUACUGAAAGGGAAUCUGGAUGCCACCUUUCCCAUCCAGUACUCACAAAGCAAAUGGGCGGUUCUUGGUGGACAAACCCCAAAGCGGGGACAAAUGGAUGAUGGAGUAAAGGUGGGAUCUUGUCUAGGGUAUGGCUCCUGUGACAUUUCAGCACAGUAACCGGGCCAACCUUGGGCUAGAAAGGGUGCUUCACACUCCCGCCACGAUCCUGGUGAACACGCAUUUGUUUGCUCUAAGGCAAACAGAGUUCUGUUUCUAGUUAAGGAAAAGGGGAGUUACCGCCAUCACAAAGGGGCUCCAGCAAUUGACCCCACUGAUCUGAGGGUCUCUGCCAAGAUGGGCAGGGUAAAUAGGUACCACCCUCGCCCAGGAUCCCUUUUCUGUGGGCUGGUAGAGUACCCAGGAAGCUCAAGGUUUAAAUAACGAGAAGCUGCCUUUUUCAACAACAUGAAGAGCAUUUAACUGACCAGUAAAUUCAAAGACUCUUUUAAUUGGACUGGGUUCCCUUCUACUGUUUGUCUAGUUGGGGAGAUGACCUUUUGCUGACCUUUGGGUAACUGUUACUGUUCUCAGGAGAAGGUAGCAUGCAGUACUUCUCCACCAGGCUUGCUCCCGUGGUUUUAAAAUUUAUUUUUAAAAAUCUAUAUACAGGAAAAAUUGAAUGCCAAAUUUGAUUAAAAAAACAAAAAACAAAAAUAAGAAUGCUCUAUGUAUGUAGCCGCUGACUCCCUAGGGUAAUCCAGCCUUCCAGGUCACUUACCACAUUUCUGAUAGCGUGUCUAGAGGGGAAUAAUGUGACCCGCUCGUCACUGCAUUUCAUCAGUGCCCCGCCCUUCUUGGCAGCACCUAUUUCUGAGUUGCACGGUCAGGCAAUAAGGUAGUUGUCCGACCAGGGGCCCGCGUUCAGUGGUGCCGUGUGCUCACGAGGCUCCGAGUUCAGCCCAGUACCACAGAACAAAGCAACAGGUGCUUGUCCCUGAGCAGUGUAAUCUCUGACCACAUUACUGUUGUUCUUUCCAAGGAACAGGAGAUGAGAAGAAGUUGUGGGAAACAAAUGUGAAAAACAACACAGUAGUGAGUGUGUGUUUCUGCUAAACCCAGAAGAUCAUGAGUACUUAACUCUCACUGUGAAAUAAUUAUGUUUUACAAAUUAAUUCCUCUGGUAGCCAUUGUUUUACUGGGUUAUUAAAUCUUAUCUUUUAGUAGUAGUUGCAGUGUUUAUUUUUUGUUUAUGUUUUUAAGUUUAGGAUUAGCCUCCUGUGUUUGUUUAGUUGUGUCUUUAGAUAUUUGGGCUACUUCUCUGAUAUUUAUGAAGUCCGGUAUUUAUCAUUAAAUGCAGUGGUUGGGUUCACAUUAAUAAUUCGUGUGUGGUCCAAAUUCACUCGCUAAGAGGGUGUACACUGUGGUUACAGUCACCGUGGUUAUGGAUUUAUUGGCAGUGGGGUUCUGUGCAGGCCAGCCAGUUCAAGGUGCUGUGGCUAACAGUGACUCUUCUGUUUCAGGCCUCGGGCCCCUGACGGUCCCAAUGACUCAGGGAAUCCAUCACAGUUCAGGGCCCUUCAACCCAUUCACUCUGACCUACAUGAGCCUUGCCUGCCUUGCCCCAGCAGCUGAAGACCCAGGGGUCUAGAUGAGCCGGCCUUUGUUUAUGUCCGGAAUGAGUAAAUGUCCAGACCACUUAAGCCACAGCUGCUUUUCUGGCAGUCUUAUCUGCAGGGCCGAAACUUAAUAAACCACAGGAAAUAGACUGUCAUUCUGUGUUUGCCGCCAGGUCUUGUUUAAGAUUCAGAGCGUAUGGUAUGUGGGAGGUGGAGCUGUUCGCUCUUAUUUUCAACCUGCAGGCUAUCUGGCACCUUCUGUAUAACUCACAAUUUUUCAUGCACAGCAUGGUUGCAUCUCUUGGCUGUUUCUUUUUUACACAGUGUAAAACCGAGGAUCCUUGAAAGUCUGGAAGGGACCACUGAACCUGUUUCCCACCUGCCUCUUUCAACUGUAGACUGUCACCAAAAAUGUUUAAUGCCUGGGCUUAGAACAGUUUCACUGAGGAGUCUUUCAGUGAGAAGUGAAUAAAUGUUAUACAUUGUUAUGUUCAUUUACAUCAAUAAACCCACAUACUAAUAGAGAUAUCUUGUUGGAGCUUCCAAACGUUUUUGAUACAUGUUUAAAAUAACAGAAUGAGAUCAUCAACAGCAGUUUUCACUCAGGUAACUAGAAUAUAAGCUUGAUGUGCAUGGGUUUUUUAUUGUUUUCCUUUUUAUGGAGAGUAUGGGCUUUACCUUAAAGAAAUGAUCAUAUGAGUUUCUAUGUAAAGAGCCAACGAACACCCAUCUGAAAGCAAAUGGCCAGCCCAGAGCAGAAGGCUACCAAGGGAUCGGAAAGUGGCAAGGUCUCAGCAGGUGUUCCUUCACAGCCAUGCCCUCUGGAUUUCAUGAACACAGAUUAAAGGGGCUCCCCUACCCCAUUAACAGAGCUUUUAAAAUGAUAAAAUACCUGGAGGAAGAUAAAAAUGAGCUUGAUAUGAGUUGCAGUGUUCAGUGCCUAAGCCGCAGUUAAGUCCGGUCUGCAGUGAGCCCCACACACUGCUUCUGCCAGGCAAGGAUGUCCCAGUACUGCCAGGUGAUAAGUGGGAUGGUAGGAUGUGGUCAGAGCAGCUUCAGCCAUUUGCCACAUGUCUGAUUUUCACCAAAGGCCAACACCACUGGGCUGCUACUAUGUUAAAGCGACAUAAAAUGACACUGGCUUGUAUGUUCAUAGUCAAUCUCUCCUGCUUCUCUUUUCUAAGAGCUGGAGAUAAAUGACAGUAAACCAUUUGAGUACCAAAGCCUUAUUCACAACGACAGCCCAUGACCCAGGAUCAAGGCCUUCACCAUCUCAAGAGGCCUAUAGUGUGAAAGCACAUAACAAGGACAAGUGGUGAAGCCUCAGAGCCCGCAGAGGGUCACCAUUAGUUUUUGUUGUUGUUGUUGUUGUUUUCCUCCUAGUCUCUUAGCACUUCCACUUCUGCACCAGUUGUGAUGAGCAUCCUGGGAGCUGACUGCAUGUGCUCUGUGGUACCUAACAAUAGCCAGCUGCAGCAGCAGUUGGACCAACAUGUGUUCAGUACUUAUUAAGUACCUCGUUGGCAGCUGGAUUCUCCUGCAUGAAACA